AUGGAAAGAUCAAACAACAUAGAGUGGAGGAACAACUUCUAUGGCCGCUCAAGAACUUCACCAUGGAGCUGUGGAGAUUAUGAUACUUACCAACAGGAUCAUGAGUAUCUUCUAGGGUUUGCAUGGCCACCAAGAUCCUAUACUUGCAGCUUCUGCAAAAGGGAAUUCAGAUCGGCUCAAGCACUUGGUGGACACAUGAAUGUUCACAGAAGAGACAGAGCCAGACUUAGAUUACAACAGUCUUCAUCAUCAUCUUCAACACCUUCUCCUCCUUACCCUAACCCUAAUUACUCUUACUCUUCCAUGGUAACCUCUCCUCCUCCGCAUCCUCCUCUAACUCUAUUCCCAACCCUUUCGCCUCCUUCCUCACCUGGUUAUGGGCCAUGUUUGGCCCGUUCCUUGAGCCCCAAGUCUAAACAUCUACCAGAAAACACUUGUGAGUCUAUGAAGCCAUCUCUUGUACUAGAGGCCGAAGAAGCCAACAGGUUGUGCAAGAAAGAUGCUUGCAGCUUCUUAAAAAAUGGAGAAAUCAUCAGCUUGGACCUCGAGAUUGGUGUGAUGAACGAGUCAAAGCAAGAUCUAGAUCUAGAGCUCCGUUUGGGUUUUGCUUAG